AAUGCUUCGUUUAUCAGCGCAAAAAAGCGAAGAAUACCGAGAUUAUUGAUCCUUCCCAUUGCGUAUCAUGACUAGUACGGCUACGGCCAACAAGACUGAGAUCACCCUAAAGGGAAGCGUCGAAAUAGUAUCUGAUUUUUUCUUUACUGCGAUUAAUUCGAUUCUGUAUCAACGAGGAAUUUACAUGCCAGAGACCUUUAAGCGAGAGUCCAAACAUGGUUUGACGGUUUUGACCACAACGGAUGAAGGCCUGUUACGAUACUUGAGCACCGUCCAGACACACGUGACUCAAUGGCUUCUUGCCGGGCACGUACAGCGUCUUGUGGUGGUUGUCCAAGGAGUCGAUAGCUUGGAGACGCUAGAACGCUGGCAGUUCAAUGUGACAGUUGAGCAGGAUAACGAAAAUGACCAGCCAAACAAGGGCGGUGGAAAGAAGGUUGGCAACAAAACGGCCAAGGAAAUUCACAACGAAAUUCAAGCCAUUAUUCGUCAGGUCACGGCCAGCGUGACAUUUUUACCCCUUCUCCAGGAGCCUUGCACUUUUGAUUUGCUCGUCUACACGGACAAGGACGUCGAAGCAGACGAGCAAUGGGCGGAUUCGGAUCCAUGCUACAUUCUUAACUCUGCUGAAGUUAAGUUGCGCAGUUUCUCGACAUCCGUUCAUAAAAUUGAAUCCAUGGUUGCCUACAAAGAGGCAGAUGAAUGGGAACUUUAA